CCCACGCUGGCUCCACCCGCCAUUGCCGCAUACUCGUUCGUCGCUCUCAGUCCCACCUUCCCAUUAGUAGCCGCCGCCGCCGACGGCGACGAGGCGGCAGGUAGUCGUCCGACCGCACGAGCCUUGACGCGAUCUCCGGCCGGUCGGCGUGCGAGAUCGUCCGUCAAGGCGUCAACAACUUGCCCUGCCCAUGCCGUUUCUUCUGACCUACGCGAGUCAACGCUAGCUCAUCUCCGGUUGUCCCGAUCUUCCUGAAGAUCAGCCGUCGGAAUUAGUCCGUACGCAGUAUAAAGAGGCUCGGCCAGCUCGUCCUCCGGCCACGAUGCCUCCCGGCUCCAGCUCCGACCCGCUGCUCGCGCGCGCCGACGGCAUGGCGGGAGAAGGCGGCGACGACGUCGCCCUCGCGGCGGUGGACCACCGCGGCCGGCCCGCCCCCCGCGCCUCCACCGGCCGCUGGAGGUCCGCGCUCUUCAUCAUAGCGGUGGAGAUCGCGGAGCGGUUCUCGUUCUACGGCGUGUCGGCGAACCUGAUCAGUUACCUGACGGGCCCGCUGGGCGAGGGGCUCGCCAAGGCCGCGUCCGCCAUCAACCUCUGGAACGGCGUGGCGCAGCUGGUGCCGCUGCUCGGCGCCGCCCUCGCCGACUCAUGGCUCGGCCGCUACCGCAUGAUCUUGCUCGCCUCCCUGCUCUACAUCCUGGGUUUAGCUAUGCUGGCUUUCUCAACAUUGCUCUCCUCCGGCGGCCACAAAUGCGGCACCGCGGGCAACACGCCCUGUCCGCCGCCGUCCGGUCUUCAGAUGGCUGCCUUCUACACCUCCCUCUACAUGGUGGCCCUCGCGCAGGGCGGGCACAAGCCGUGCGUUCAGGCCUUCGGUGCCGACCAGUUCGACGAGACCCACCCCAAGGAGGCCGUCUCCCGGAGCUCCUUCUUCAACUGGUGGUACUUCGGCAUAUGCGCCGGCACUGCCGUCACGCUGGUCUUCCUCAGCUACGUUCAGGACAACAUCGGCUGGGGCCUCGGCUUUGGCAUCCCCUGUGUCGUCAUGGCCUUCGCACUCGCCGUGUUCCUACUCGGCACCCGCACGUACCGCUACUACGUCUCUGUCGGCAAGAAGAGGAGCUUGUUCGCUCGUGCCGGCGAGGCUUUCGCGGCAUGGAGGAGCAGCCGGCGAAAGUCAAGUAGUAGUCCUCUCGCGGCGCCAGAGUCCAGUGCUCGUGUCGACGAGGAAGAGCAGGAGGUGGUGGCCAGCAAUGCGGACCUCAUCGAGGAAGCCAAGAGCGUCCUCCUCCUGUUCCCUAUUUGGGCAACAUGCCUGAUCUAUGCCGUGGCAUUCUCGCAGUCGUCCACGUUCUUCACGAAGCAAGCGGCGACCCUGGACCGGAGCGUCGGCCAUGGGCUCCAGGUGCCGCCAGCGGCGCUGCAAACAUUCAUCAGCGUCACCAUCGUCGUCCUCAUGCCCCUCUACGACCGCGCCCUCGUGCCUCUAGCUCGCCGCUACACAGGCCUCCCCUCCGGCAUCACCAUGCUGCAGCGCAUCGGCGUCGGCAUGGUGCUCUCGCUCGUGUCCAUGGUGGUCGCGGCGCUCGUCGAGACGCGACGGCUCCGGGUCGCGGCGGACGCCGGACUAACUGACCUUCCCAAUGUGCCAGUUCCGAUGAGCCUGUGGUGGAUGGUUCCACAGUACGUGCUGUUCGGCGCCGCGGACGUGUUCACCAUGGUCGGCCUGCAGGAGUUCUUCUAUGACCAGGUGCCCGACAAGAUGCGCAGCCUCGGGCUGUCUCUCUAUCUCAGCAUCUUCGGCAUCGGCAGCUUCAUCAGCAGCGGCCUCGUGUCGGGCAUCGACAAGGCCACGUCGGCGAAGGGGCACAGCUGGUUCUCCAACAAUCUCAACCGUGGCCACCUCGACUACUUCUACUGGCUCAUCGCUGGGCUCAGCGCGCUCGAGCUCCUCGUCUAUGUCUUCUUCGCAUCCAGUUAUAUCUCAAACAUUGAAGGUUCAGUCAAAGCUAUUGGCCGUCCGAUCCACCGCCGCGCCACCGGCGGCUGGAGGUCGGCUCUGUUCAUAAUCUGGGUGGAGGUGGCGGAGCGGUUCGCGUACUACGGCAUCUCCUCCAACCUCAUCAGCUACCUCACCGGCCCGCUCGGGGAGAGCACGGCGGCCGCGGCCGCGGCCGUGAACGCGUGGUCGGGCGCCGCCUCGAUGCUGCCGCUGCUCGGCGCCGCCGUCGCCGACUCGUGGCUUGGGCGGUACCGCACCAUCGUCGCCUCCUCCGUGCUCUACAUCAUGGGCCUAGGGUUGCUGACGCUCUCCUCCAUGUUCCUAUCACCUGGCAGCCAACAGUGCGACAUCUCCGCUGACGGCCGAUCAGAAUGCCUGUCUUCCUCCCUCCAGACGGCUUUCUUCUACGUCUCGCUCUACCUGGUGGCUUUCGCGCAGAGCGGCCACAAGCCCUGCGUGCAGGCCUUCGGCGCCGACCAGUUCGAUGCCACGAACCCCAUCGAGUCGUCAUCGCGGAGCUCCUUCUUCAACUGGUGGUACUUCGGUGUCUCCGCGAGUGCGACCGUGGGCGUCGCGAUCAUGAGCUACGUCCAGGAUAACGUCAGCUGGGGCCUUGGCUUCGGCGUGCCGUGCACGAUCAUGCUGCUCGCGCUCGUCCUCUUCCUACUCGGCACAAGGACGUACCGGUUCUACGACGACUCCAGUUCUGGCAAGGAUGGUGGUGUGUUCUGGCGUGCCGGUGAAGUUUUUAGGGCGUGGCGCAAGAGAUCACCGGAGGGUGGCGCCCUGGUAGAGCACGGUGAAUACUCAGAGAACGCCGUGCUCGCAGAGGAGGUGAGAGGCCUGGCGAGGCUUUUCCCUAUAUGGGCUGCUUGCCUGCUUUAUGGCGUGGUGUUCGCUCAGUCGCCGACGCUUUUCACGAAGCAGGCAGCGACCCUGGACAGGAGGGUCGGGUCGUCCUUGUUUCAGAUACCACCCGCAGCGAUGCAGUGCUUCUUGGGUGUGAGCAUCAUCAUCUGCGUCGUGCUGUAUGACCGCGUCCUGGUGCCCGUGGCGCGCAGGAUCAGCGGCGUGGCCUCAGGCAUCACCAUGCUCCAGCGGAUCGGCACGGGCAUGGCCCUGGCACUGGCUGCUCUUGUGGUCGCCACGCUUGUGGAGAUGAGGCGACUAAGUGCCGCGAGGGAUGCCGGUGUGGUGGAUGUGCCCGACGCGGUGGUCCCCAUGAGCCUGUGGUGGAUGGUGCCGCAGUACGUGCUCCUCGGCGCGGCGGACGUGUUCACCUUGGUCGGCAUGCAGGAGUUCUUCUACGACCAGAUGCCUGGCGAGCUCAAGAGCCUCGGGCUCGCGCUCUACCUGAGCGUCCUUGGAGUCGGCAGCUUCAUCAGCAGCUUUCUUAUCUCAGCCAUCGACGGUGUGACGAGGAGGGAUGGUGGUACGAGCUGGUUUGCCGACAACCUCAACCGGGGGCAUCUGGACUACUUCUACCUGCUGCUUGCUGCGCUCACUGCGCUGGAGCUUCUUGCUUACCUUUACUUCUCAGGGUCGUACAUUUACAAAAGAAAGACUGCCAAUCUCCACUGAUGCAGCAAGAAACAAGCAUCAAAGCGGCUGAUGCAGGGCCUGAAGGACGUUGUGCUCUUCUGCUGUAGUCAACCUGAAGGACGUUCCUCGGGUGAUCACCAAUCAGCGAAGAAGAGCCAGAGCCUGAGGACGUUAUGCUCUUCUGUCUGUAAUCAACCUGAGGAUGUUCAUAACAACUUAUUCCAAUGCGUCACCGAGAAAGUCGCGUGGAGAUGUA